ACCACGACACCUGCUGGAGGCUGGGCAGGGGGCCGCGGCGGGGAAUAACAACAAGCGUAGCCAGAGACCCAGAGAAAGAGGGAGGGAGAGAGGCGAGGGAAUGGUAGAGAAGGUGGGCUGGGAAAGAGAGCAACACAGCAGCAGCAGCAGCGUUCGUUCCGGGGAUGAACGCGGAGCAAUCGACCAUGAGUGUACGUGCAGCAGGCGAAACACCCAGUGCACCGGCCACUGGGGGGGGGCGUUCAGCAGCAGCGACAACAGAACAAGGGGAAGGUGUUGGAGGAGGAGGAGGAGGAGGAGGAGGAGGAGAAAGGGAGGGGCGGCGAGAGGGAGACACUUGCUGUGAUGGUGGCGGCGGAGAGGUAUCAGGCGGGAGAGGGGCACAGGAAGAAUGGCUUCACAUGGGGAAACAGGCUGCGGAGUCGAGGUGCAUCGCGCUCGAGGGGGACCUGCAAUCGAUCAAAUCGGAGCUUGCGAAGCGAGAUACCAGCAUAAAAGUGGCCCACGAGAAAAUAAGACACCUGGAGGCGGAAAGCUCAGACCUCCUGGCGGCAGCGGAGGUCAGGGAGAAGGAGGCGUGCUCCAUGCAGGAGAAGGCGAGCCUUGCGCAGGAGCGGGCUCUCGCGCACGAGAAGGCUUUGGCGAGCGCCUUGGAGCAGCUGUCAGAUUCCGGGGUUUCGCAAUCGAAAAAGCUGGCUGAGCUGGCCGACGUGACGCAAGAGCUCAAGCGUACGAAGGCGGCGUUGGAGCGAGCCGAGAGGCUAGUGUUCGACCAACGACGGGAAGCGGAUGAGAGGCAGUGCGACGAAGACCGCCGGCGAGCGGAGACGGAGGCGCUGAGAGAUAAGCUCACCCGGGUGGAGCGGAAAAACACAGAGCUGAUGGCGAAGCAGGCGGCCGGGCGGCUGGCCAAGCGAAUGCGCGGAAAUUUCGGGAGGAGCAGCACGUUCUGCGCGUCGUUCUGCAGCUGCUUCCGGGGGAAGCCAGCGUACCGGCGGGUGGCGUCGCCGGCGCCGUUUGCGCCCCCUCUCGGCUCGUCACCCGGGGAUAGCCCGUGGCUGGGAGAGGAAACCGUCGGCUCGCUCAGCGGCGGCGGCGGCGGCGGCGGCGGCGGCGGCGGCGGCGGUGGCAGGGGGUUGUAGCAGCAGGCGGCAGGCGCCGGCGGAGCCUUGUAUGGGUGCAUGCAUGCAAGCAACUCGCCUGUGCUGUAUCCGCGUAUUUUCCUCUCGCCCGAGCUACAAGUAGCUCCUACGAUGGUUGGAAAUUUUUUUGUAGUGGUUGGGUGUUGUAGCGUUUUGUCCAAAGAAUGGGGAGAGCCCCAUGCGGGAGUUUUUUUUGGGUGGGCAUCGCUGCUGAGCCGCUCAGCUGCUUCGUGUGUCGUCUACAUCUAUGUACCACAUAUUUUUUUAUGUUGUUUGUUAUGUUUACCCUCCCUUCCGUAUGGCGAGCGUCCGCGGCGCGUAGAAUGCACUCAACGUCGCCCGUUGUGUUGGGUGCGUAUUUGAGUCCCUUGGAUGUAUGCUGGGGCAGGGUAGGUGUAGUAGCGGUGGUGGCAUGUCGGGAGUCAUACCCAUCUUUCUCCGAAAGGAAAGUAUUGAAAGAAGAUAGUUCAAGAAGACUUUCAUGUUCUUUUUAGUCAGGCCUGAGGACAGGUAAAGGUCGUUUCAAGGCUGUAUCCGGCCCGUGUUUUCUUUUUUUUUUACAUCGUGCAUCUCGCGAAGUGCUGUAAACCCGUCCGUGUUACAAUACGUGCUGAUUAUGUGUCCAGUAACAGCUCCAUGAAUCGGCUCAAGACAUGUACGAGUUGGUCGGCAGGGAGGUGGCACGGAUGAAGGAAGGCGUGCGGCAAGUAGAGCGCCCAAGCACCGCGGUGGUAGUCCUCCAAAAAGUAGGUGCUCACCGUAUAUGACACAAGAUAACACACCCCCUUGACCGAUUUUCGAAGCUCGAUUUCUCAACUGCAGGAACAGUCACAGCGCCGAAAACGGCGGCAUUGAAACCGUCUCGUCGAGAGCUUUUCGAAAAUGUAUCGUUUCGUUUAUGCAUCCUCUUCGUCGUGGAGUAUUCGAGCUUUGAAAAUCGGUCCAGGGGGUGUGUUAUCUUCUGUCAUAUACGGUAACUUGCAACACUAGCCGGGAGUCUUUAUCGUCUACAUGGCAUUUUGCGCGUGUGGUGUGUCGUGGUACCUCUUUCUGUGGACGUUUUGUUUGGUGCGGUGAGAAACCCCUCCCGCCCAACAAUUGAUUUUUUUUCUGUCUGUGAACCCUGGACACCACUCCUAAUAAAGUUUGAAAAGGGUUAUUCGUCGGGGGGAGAGAGCGGUGGGUGGUUGCCCACCAUGUGGGUCGAUUGGCUUGGUGCGCUGGCUUGAGUUCUGUGUGUGUGAUGCUGGUUGCUUGCUUUAUCCGGUCCGGUGAAUGGUUGUUCUUCCUUGCAAGAGGGAAUGGUGGCUGGCGAGGUUUCAAACCGAGGCAAAGAAUACGACAGCACGAUGAAGCCACAAGCUUGGGUGGGCAUGGAUAUAUGUGGUGUUGUUUCCCGGGGGCCAGCUUUGUCCCCACCGCUGCAGCCUUAGUUUGUAACGCGUUCUUCGUCUGGGUGGCUUGUGCGGUCUCCACCAUAUGUUCCCCUGAUCAUGAGAUUUAUCUUCGCGUCACGUUCUUUUUGGGGUCUUUAUAAAACGAUUAUGUAUGAGUAGAACCCGUUGUGUGGCUGGCUAUUAGCCAGUGUCAGUCGGUCCCUUCGCCUUGGAAUGGGAGCAUAGACUAGGAGGGGAAACCACUGGAGGGAGAUAAGUCUGAAGGACAAAAUAACGACC